AAGUGUACUUAAUAGGGCUAACAGUGAGAACAUCAAAACUCAAGAAAUGGCAAUGAUGACAGAAAAUGAAGUUAUCUUGGGAAUUAGGACCCAGAAGUGCAAGGCAGAAGGUGAUCUCCAAGGAGCAAAAUCUGUCAAGAGACGUAAGAGAGAGCCUGUUACUGUAAUAAACACUGGUGGUGAUGAUAACAACCAGCAGCAAGUUGGUGAAAAUUCUACAACCAACACUUCAAAGAGAAGCUCAAGAUUUCGAGGUGUCAGCAGACAUAGAUGGACGGGUCGAUUUGAAGCUCACUUGUGGGACAAGCUCUCUUGGAAUGUUACACAAAAGAAGAAAGGGAAGCAAGGGGCUUAUGAUGAAGAAGAAUCUGCUGCCAGAGCAUAUGAUUUAGCUGCACUUAAGUACUGGGGAACUUCAACUUUCACCAAUUUUCCGAUAUCAGAUUAUGAGAAAGAGAUACAAAUAAUGCAGACAAUGACCAAAGAGGAGUACUUGGCCACUUUGAGAAGAAAGAGCAGUGGCUUUUCAAGAGGGGUCUCAAAGUAUAGGGGUGUUGCAAGGCACCACCAUAAUGGUAGAUGGGAAGCAAGGAUAGGAAGGGUUUUUGGAAACAAAUAUCUCUACCUUGGCACCUACGGGACACAAGAGGAAGCUGCUCAUGCAUAUGACAUUGCAGCCAUUGAGUACAGAGGGAUUCAUGCUGUAACAAACUUUGAUUUGAGCACUUACAUAAAAUGGUUAAAGCCUGAAACUGGAAGUACCCCAGAAGCAAAACUUCAUCCACAGGCACUGCCAGAGUCUCAAACAGUGGCUUCCCCAUCUAACUCUAGUCUAAUAGAAGAGUCAAAGUCCUUGACCCUUCACAACAGUUUUUUCAGUCCAGAUUACCUGAAUUCCCUUGAAAAGCAAGAAGCUUUUGAAAGCCAAUCCUUCCAAUUCUCCAGCAACAAGUCAUCUUCUCCCACUGCACUUGGCCUUCUUCUCCGCUCUUCAUUAUUUAGAGAAUUGGUUGAGAAGAACUCAAAUGUGUCUGAAAAUGAAACUGAUGGGGAAGUCACAAAGGAGCAACAGAUACAGAUAGCUAGUGAUGAUGAACUGGGUGGAAUCUUCUAUGAUGGCAUUGGUGGCAUCCCAUUUAUCUUUGCUCCCAACAGGUUCAACUCAGAAUUGCAAGAAAGAGAGCUUAAUUCAAUAUUCUGA